UGUGGGAUGACAGUCUCCAAAAUCCUUUGACGGUGAACACCUGAAAUGGGGACAGGACCUGCUUCCGUGCUGCAGGCUCAGCUCUAAUCAUCGUGACCACGUCCUUCCAUUGACCUUCCUCUCUACUGGGAUUUAGAAAUCGACUUGCUUCCUCCGUCCUGAUUUGAAGCUGUUGCUUUCUACCGCUUGGCCUUCAAGACCUUUUCCUUUCCUGUUUCUUAUCAAGACAGCCUCAGAUAUUCCUAAUCUCCACGAUGGCCAGCAGACUGGGUCUCCCUCCCUCCCUGUUGCUCUCCCUGCUCCUCCCUGGACUGAUGCUGCUCCACUUCCCUGUCACAGUUAAAGGGGACUGCUGGCUGAUAGAGGGGGAUAAAGGCUACGUUUGGCUGGCGAUCUGCAGCCAGAACCAACCUCCAUAUGAGACCAUCCCCCAGCACAUCAACAGCACGGUCCACGAUCUUCGGUUGAACGAGAACAAACUUAAAGCUGUUCUCUUCACCUCCAUGUAUCGCUUCACAAACCUCACCGACCUCAAUCUGACCAAGAAUGAGAUCAGCUAUAUCGAGGACGGAGCCUUUGCUGGACAAGCCAACCUGCAGGUUCUCCAGUUGGGUUAUAACAAGCUGACAAACUUGACUGAAGGCAUGUUGAGGGGGCUGGGUCGAAUGCAGUGCCUCUUUCUCCAACACAACCUCAUUGAGGUCAUCGCCACCAAUGCCUUCUGGGAGUGCCCCAGCCUCAGCAGCCUCGAUUUAUCUUCCAACAAGUUGGCCCGUCUCGACCCGUCCACUUUCACUGUCCUCAAUAGGCUGAUGGUGUGUGAGCUAGCAGCAAACCCGUUCCACUGUGGUUGUGACCUCUACAGUUUUCUAACCUGGCUGGAGGCAUUUAACAAUGUAACCCACACUUAUGACCGUCUCCAGUGUGAAACGCCUCGGGAGAUGACUGGUUAUCCACUCCUGAGCCCAUUGCCUGGCCACGGAAGAAAUGCCCGUUCCAUCCUGUUGUCAAUGUGUCGGGAUGGUAUGAUAAUUCCAGGUAUACCCUCACUGCGGCCAGAUAUAGAUGGCUCAGGCAUGAGUUUGGACAACCUAGACCAAAGUCUCUACCACCAACCCACCAUGUCAUCUACUGCCGACCCAAAUUACACCCAUCAGAUAUCCCUGAAGCUUGAAACAGUCUCACUCAACACUGCUUCUCUCAUUGUGCAGAUCCCUCGACCGUACAGUAAGAUGUACAUCCUUUCUCAGUAUAACUCCACCUUUGUUACAGACAUCAUGCCCUUAAAAAAUAAGAAAGAGACAGUCACAGUGGAUAAGCUGAAGCCACACACGAACUACACCUUUUGUGUGGCUUCCGUCAGCAAAUCUCAGCAGUACAACCAAAGCUGUUUGUCCUUUACCACCCGGGCUAUGGGCCCGGAUGACCAGCAACCCAAUCCGUCCACCACUACCCACUAUAUCAUGACCAUACUGGGCUGCCUGUUUGGAAUGGUGAUUGUGCUUGGCCUCGUCUACUACUGCCUCCGUCGGCGACGCAUCCAGGAAGAGAAGGAGAAAGCUAUAAGUGUGAAGAAAACCAUUCUGGAGAUGAGGUAUGGGCCAGAGGCAGCUGCAGCAGUUGCCAAUGAUCCAGGAGCCAUGCAGCGUUUGCAGGAACAGGCCCAUCACCAACAUCACCAUGCUGGGGGUACAGGUGGCAAAGUGGCCCCGUCUGCCUCUUCUAACCCAGGCGUGCUACACAGCACUGCCAACACCAGUUCCUCCCGCCUUUCAACAUUACCACAGGUGGAAAAAAUGGCUUCGGCCUUCUCAGAGGCAGUUGGCGGCAAGGGUAAUUACAUGGAUGUCAGGACAGGGGGAAUGGCAGGGGAAGGGAGAGAGGGCGGGGUUGCAGCUGGAGGAGGAGGAGGAGGAGGAGGGGAGGUAGUGGUGGAUAUGAGAGGUGGGAGUGAGAAUGGGAUCGAGGUUGGGGAGGAGUCAGAUGACGACGAUGAUGGUCGUGGUUCAGCAUCAGAGAUUUCUACCAUCGCCAAGGAGGUGGACAAGGUGAACCAAAUCAUCAACAACUGCAUUGACGCACUAAAGCUGGAUGCUUCGGUUAAUGUUGUAACCACAGCUGACAAUGCCAAUCCUGUGACUUCUACCCAGCCUCUACCCUGUAAUACCUCCUUGCCUCGUAACCUCCUGCCCCUCUCACCAGGACACCCAGGAGAUCAAAUAAUGGCAUCAUCUCCAAAGGUGCACCCAAAGUCACACCACCAGCUCCAACCUCAGCCUCACCCCCAGAUGCAUCCGCAGCCUCAUCCGCCAUCUAUGGCCCCAGUGCCGUUGGUUAUGCCUCUGUCUGAGCGGCCAGGCAUCAGUGGUGGGGGGUUCCUUUCCCCUCCUUACCGUGAUCCGCCCCCAGCCACUGCAGCACGACCUCUUCAGAGGCAAAUGAGUGCUGACACUGCUGUUGUGAAGACCCGCUGUGGCACUCCCUCUGGAGUAUCUGUUAAGAACACCAGGGUGUACAGUGUAGAUAUACCUGAGCAGCGAAGCAAUGAGCCUUCCAAGUAUCCUGCAGAGAAAGGGAGCCCGGUGGGUUGCAGUGGAGGUAGUGGAAGUGGAGGAGGUGGUGGAGCAGGGGGAUGUAAUGGAAAUGGAACCGGAAAAAUGAAUGGCGGUGGUGUGAGUGUGAAUGGAGGUGGCAUGGGGUGUAGUAACGGGAGUGGAGGUGGUGUGGCUGGGAGUGGACAGCAACAGCAUCACUUGGAAGUCCAGCCAGAUUACCACAGCUCUGAGCACCGCCACUCCUUUCCGGCACUCUACUAUGAGGGUGCCACCGACUCACCGACACCAGCUCAAAAGGCAUCAUUCCUCAAGCCCCUAGGUCGUAACAAGCGGGAUGCCUCAGCAGCAUAUUCCCAGCUUUCACCUUCUCGACACCACAGCUACAAUUCCGGCUACUCCUCCAGCCCAGAAUAUUCAUCGGAGAGCACACUGCGAAUCUGGGAGCGAUUCCGCCCCUACAAGAAAAAUCCCAGAGAGGAAGCCUAUAUAGCAGCAGGGCAUGCCUUGCGUAAGAAGGUACAGUUUGCUAAGGACGAGGACCUCCAUGAUAUUUUGGACUAUUGGAAGGGAGUUUCUGCUCAGCAGAAGCUGUGAGCUGAGAAAGUAGUUGAGUUGUGUCAGGAGAAUACGAAAUUGAUACAACAGGAGAUUUAUUUAAGGAAUAGAGGAUGUUCAUGUAGCAAGUGGUGUUUCCUCUAAGGCAUCAAGUGACACAAUGGGUCGGUCGCUCAGUGAAUCCAGAGUUCAAGCACUAAUAUGUCGGAGUGUUUUUGGACGGGAUUCUAUUGUAUUUCAAAGACAUUUUAAGAAGCCGUUUCAGUGGUUAGUUGUCAACAUCAGCACUGAGUGGUUACUGACGGGAAUCAAACUGUUCACCAGACUGUACUGUGCAGGGCACUUUGGUCCUCGCAGGCUUCCAUAGACCCACUGAAUUCCCACUAAUGAGCGAAGGAAUGGUUGGUGAAAAGCGAACGCCUUCUACCUCAUUACUGGCACACUGUAGCUCAGCUAUCUCACAAGAAGCAGCAUCGCUGUCCAUCUACUCUAAUCCCAUCAAACCGCCAUUCACAAAACAACCAUUCUGCAGCACCGUUGGCACCUGCUCUGCUACAGAGGCAUCAUUUAGGCAGAUAAUGAGGGAGCGGGAUGGGAAAUUAGACAUGUUUGUUUUUAGAAGAGCCUGAAUCUCUGUCUUUUGGGUCAGGACUUUAAGCGAUACUUAUCAGGCUAAUUGUUCUUACUGGUAAUUAGCCAGUGGUAGAAUAUGCUGGGAAGGCUGUGCAUUUAGCAUGUGUAUUGAUUAAAAACACAAGACAUAUACCGCAUUUUCUGGAGUA